AACCUCUCUUUCUCUUUCUCUUAUUCUUUUCAAACAAGAACGUACCUCUUUAAAUACAAAACAAAAAUGGUUAACCAGGAUAUCACCAUCACCAGCUAUGAAGUUCGCGACAUUCGCUUCCCUACCUCCAAGCACCUCGAUGGUUCUGAUGCUAUGAACAAGGACCCUGACUACUCUGCCGCUUAUGUCAUCUUCUACACUGAUUCCGAUAUCGAAGGCCAUGGCAUGACCUUCACCUGUGGCCGUGGAACUGAAGUCUGCUGCAGUGCUAUUGAAGCCUUGUCUGUCAAGUUUGUCAACAAGAAGUUGAGUGAGCUCACUGUCGACAUGCGCGCCACUCACCAGAUCUGCACUGGCGACUCCCAGCUGCGUUGGAUCGGUCCUGAAAAGGGUGCUAUUCACUUGGCCACUGGCGCUGUUAUCAACGCCAUCUGGGACUUGUGGGCCAAGGCCGAGAAGAAGCCUGUCUGGAAACUCGUUGCCGACAUGACUCCUGAGCAGUUUGUCCAGUCCAUCGAUUUCCGUUACAUCACUGAUGCCAUCACUCCCGAGGAAGCAUUGGAGAUCUUGCGUGAGAACGCACCCACAAAGGCUAUCCGUGAAGCGGAGAUGCGUGCCAAGGGUUACCCCGCUUACACAACCUCUGCUGGUUGGCUCGGUUACAGUGAUGACAAGGUUCGCAGACUCUGUCGUGAGGCUAAGGAGCAGGGCUUCACUCACUUUAAGCAGAAGGUCGGAAGUGAUAAGGCCAGCGAUAUCAGACGUGCUGCCUUGAUCCGUUCCGAGAUUGGAUACGACAGUGUCUUGAUGAUGGAUGCUAACCAGGUCUGGGAUGUCAAGGAGGCCAUUGACUGGAUGGAGGAUCUCCUUCCUUACAAGCCUCUCUUUAUCGAGGAGCCCACUUCUCCCGAUGAUGUUUUGGGUCACGCUACCAUUCGCAAGGCUCUCUACCCUCGCACUCGUGUUGCCACUGGUGAGCACAUCCAGAACCGCGUCAUCUUCAAGCAGCUCUUCCAGGCCAACGCCAUUGAUUUCUGCCAGAUUGACUCGUGCCGCGUUGGUGGUGUAAAUGAGAUUUUGGCUAUCUUGCUCAUGGCCAAGAAGUUCAACAUCCCUGUCUGCCCCCAUGCUGGUGGCGUUGGUCUCUGCGAGUAUGUCCAGCAUUUGUCUUUGAUCGAUUACAUCUGUGUGUCUGCCUCUACCGAGGGUCGUGUUCUUGAAUAUGUUGAUCACUUGCAUGAACAUUUCUUGGAGCCUGUUGUGAUGAACAACGGUCGCUAUGUAGCUCCGCUGGCGAGUGGCUACAGCAUCCAAAUGAAGCGUGAAUCCAUCGAGGACUACACAUUCCCUACUGGAAAGGUCCACCGUGACGCAUAAAGAGGAUAGCUUAUACUAUACUAUAUACUAUGUUUCUUUCUUUUAUGUUUUGAGCUAUUACUACUGUAUGAACAAGCCUUUUGUUUUUGUUUUUCUUCUUUAUUUUCUGUUUCUUUUUUGUUACAAAAUAUACUUCCCUUAUUUACCAUAUUCCC